AUGAAGAUAGUAGAGAGAGCGCUCUUGCUUUCGUUCAUAGCCCGAAGACGAUUUACGAUAUGGACGAAUUCAGUAUUGCGAAUUGGAGCCAAAACAGAAUCCAUCCUCAAACAGCAGUGUCAAUUUGAAGAUCACCAGAUAGCAAACAUCGACUUGCUAGAUUUCCUGUUGGAUGUGGAUCCACUUGCUUCUAUAAGUACGGAGUUGAUGGAAAGAAUAAUUAAUGUGGAAAAAGAUGGUCUGCGUACGUUCAAGAACGUUAUAAUUCUCAGAGGUAUGCAAAGACUUUCAGCUAGCAGCCAGAAAUGCCUCUAUGAGUUUAUCAGCAUGAUUGACCAGUUUGACACUAACGAAUCACAGGGCAAUUGCACUGUCAAGUUCAACGACUAUGUUAUUCAAAAGCCUGAGCUUUUUGUGAUCAUCCCUAUCCUUGACGACAAGUUGUACCAUGACAAGCUACUUCAGUAUCUCAAGGAGAAAUUCUGGUUCUGUAUCCACCAGAAAGUAAACGUAGAUGAAGAGAUUGCUCCAAACUUCCAGAGUUGCUACGAAGAAAAUGUUAUUUUCUUGCGGGAUCAGGCUCUGAAAGUUCAUGUAGCUCCGGAUAUCAAACGAUAUAUCUAUUCACUCGUAGUACAUUCACGAAAUCACAGAUUGACAUCGUUGGCACCCCUACAAAGUCGUUUACUGACUCGGGCUAUCGAUGAAAUCCGUGACCUCUGUGUGGCUCUAGUAGCUGUUCAAAACUACAAUACAGAUGAGUUGUUUGUGACGCCAGAUCACGUCAAAGUUGCUAUGCGCAAAGUUGGAUAUUGGCUCUGUGAUUGGGAGUGCAAUCCUCUAUUCACACCACCUUCAAAACCUCAGAAGCAUCAGGGGUUCGAUGAGAGCGUGGAAUACCAAAAAAGAAUGGAAAUCAAAAUGUUGACUGGAGACUGGUAUGGAAGUGAUUACACGUAUGUAGAAAGGUAUAUUGAAAAGAUGCGGUCUGUCAAGGAUGAAAACUCUCCAACUGGGUAUACGAACCAGGUGAUAGAGGACGUGAUAGCGAAGGUGCACCCACCAAUUUAG